GGCAAUGCAAAUUUAGUGUUUUCGUUUGUUUUUGGUGGUGAUUAUGGGCGCGAAUAUCUCGGGAGGUUUGCCGGAGUUUGACCGGAACGGUGACGUUUACUCGACGAAACCCAGAUUAGUGGAUUUACCGGAGAAUUGUGUAGCGUUGAUUAUGACACAGCUUGAUCCACCGGAGAUUUGCCGCCUUGCUCGUCUCAACAGGAUGUUCCGUCGCGCUUCCUCGGCUGAUUUCAUAUGGGAAGCAAAGUUGCCUUCGAACUAUCGUGUUAUUGCACACAAGGUGUUUGAUGAAAUUACUCUGAGGAAAUUAAUUAAGAAAGAUCUUUAUGCUAAGCUUUGCCGACCUAAUCUCUUCGACGAUGGCACAAAGGAAUUGUGGAUAGAUAAGAACACGGGUCGUCUUUGUUUAUCUAUCUCUUCAAAGGCACUAAGGAUUACUGGAAUUGAUGAUCGGAGAUACUGGAGUCAUAUCCCAACAGAUGAAUCCAGGUUCCAGUCAGUUGCUUAUGUUCAACAGAUAUGGUGGUUUGAAGUAGGAGGAGAGUUUGAGAUCCAGUUUCCAUCUGGAACAUACAGUCUCUUCUUCCGUAUCCAGCUCGGUAAAACAUCGAAGAGGCUUGGAAGGAGGAUCUGCAACUCUGAACAUAUUCAUGGAUGGGACAUAAAACCUGUGAGGUUCCAGCUCGCCACUUCGGACAACCAACAAGCUGUUUCAUUGUGUUAUCUGAACAACAACCCUGGGAGCUGGAGUCACUAUCACGUCGGAGAUUUCAAAGUGACAAAUCCAGAUAUAUCAACCGGAAUCAAAUUCUCCAUGACUCAAAUCGAUUGCACUCACACGAAAGGUGGGCUAUGCAUAGACUCUGUUCUUAUAUUACCUAAAGAAUGUGCAAAAGAAGUCAUUGGAUCACAAUAGUUUUGUAGAUAUAGAGAGAGAGAUUGUUGUAAAGGGUGAGAGAAUAUUUUUUUCAGUGAAACAUCACUAUACUCUGCUUUUUUCUUGAUCUGGGAUACAUUCUCAAGAUGAAUCUCAGAUCUGGAACUUGUGUACACAUGGUUGGGUUGUCUCUAGUUUUGUCUGUAGUUACAAGGUGGUCGUGAUUGUAAAUACAAGUUCUCCAUUCAG